GCCAUCCUCCGCAGUUCGUCCACGGCCUCGGUCCGCUCCACGGGAUCCACCACAUCCGACGCGGCCAUGCGACGACAUGGUCCAUCCUCCUCCAGUUCGAAUCGACUCGACAAAAAGUUGGUCGGCUCACAUUCAAUGCUGGAGAACGCUCAAGAAGGCGCCGAAAAGGGGACCUCAAGGCUGUCCAGUGGAGGAGCCGCGGAGGUCCACGUGGAGGAGCCGCCAGAGCUGCUGGAUUCAGAGGAAAUGGAGGGCGAACAUCGGGAAGGCUUGCUGUGGGCUGAGGAAAACGCCUGCAGCGGAGAGGUGCCACACGCAGCGGCGGAUCCAAUCACGGUCUCGUUGGACCUACGUCGGGUGUUGUCGGGUGCCGCCAGCUACACGGAUGUAGAGCUGAGCGACUCCGACUUCCACGACAUCGCCUUGCACGAGGAGCUCUGUGAGGAUGUCCUGCAGUUGGACCUGGCUGGAAUCCAGGCUCUGGCCUAUGCGUUCAUCGCCAAGUUUGGGUCCCUGAAGAAGGCCUUCAAAUAUUUCGACACCAAUAAACAGGGCCGUUUCGGCCAAGUGGUCUGGGACAAUGGCCUUGUACUGCUGCGCAUCGAUGUGGAGAGGUUGUGCGGUUUUCGACCUGCCCAGAUCUUUCACAUGAUGGACCAGGAGCCACAAGGUGGUUCAGUUUCCAGGAAGAAGUGGAAUCGGUUCUUUUCAGCGGUCGAGGAGGGCUUCUUAGCCACCUCCAUGAAGGACACUGCGAAGGCGAAGGGUACUUUGCACCAGCGUGCAGUGAACAAAUCGGAGCACCUCCUGUCAGUCUAUCGUGAGAGGAGGAAGACCCACGGGCCCGCGAAGUCUCGCCGGAAAGGCAGCAGUUUGUCCAGCAUCGCCAGCAUCGCUGCGUUGAAAGAUGACGCGCGAGAAGUGCGAAAGGUGCUGCAGAAAUCAGGCAGCCGCCGGCCGCGGAAGACGGAGUCGCAGCGGAAUAUGGAUCGGAAGGGCUCAAAGGUCAGCGAGGAUCCAGCAUUGUCCGAAAAACGCCUCCAGCAAGAAGAUGCGUUCCGGCAGAAGGCGUUGGAGGAGCUUGGGGAGUUGGUGAAAGGGGAUGCCAUGACCUACUUGAACGACUGCUUCAAGAAGUGGAAACCCUCGGAGAAUGCCUUGGAUCCCGAGGUUCCGAGUGGACAGGGAGCCUUUGAUCUUUUACAUGCUGAGGAGAAGUGCGAAAUCGUGGAGGAGAUUGCAGAUGAACUGGGACUAUGGAGGCUGCCUCGAGCGGAAGCGCAAAGUGCCAAGGGCAGCUUUGGCCGUUCCGCCACAAUGGCUUUCCUCAAACCUGGCGCCGCUGUGGGUGGAGCCGUUUUGGUCUGUCACCUGCGUCUAUUCGCAGACGCCACCAAUGAGCAGCUCAAUAAGUUGCAGGGCAGCAACGGGAGCCUGGAAUUCCCCUCCACCCUCUCGGAGAUUCAACGUGUCGUGGUGCACGUUUUAGCCGCGACUAAAGGCCUCACCACACUUUCUGAGGGAACCGGCGCGGCGCGGCGCCUCGUGGCCUAUGACACUGGGACCUUUGCACAGGAACUCAGGAGGAAGUUGUCUGAUAUCCAGCCGGGCCAGAGCAAGGUGCUUUCGGACGAAUUCUCUGCUGCGCAACGGCGCUUGGUGCUGCUGGCGGAGUUCGUCUUCAACCUGAUGAACUUCCGUGAGGAAUUGCAAGAUCAGCUCAUGAAUCUGGACGUGGGCAAGGUGCACCAUUUCGGUGCCAGCCUCUCCGAGCAGGAACGGCAAGUCGUGCACGAGACAGCGAUGCACCUGGGAUUGACUGCCCACACCGAAGGCGGCCGCACCACGCGCCACGUCACCGUGGCCAACCUGAAGGACUUCAUCGCCGGCCUGCGGGCGCGGAUGGCGGCGCUUUUGGAGCCGGAGGAUUCGGAACUCUUUGAGAACCUGGCGCCGAUGCAAAUUGUGGCUGUGGAGAACUUGGCUGCGGAGUUGGGUCUGCAUUGUGCCAGGAGACCGGGGGGCAGCGUGCUGGUGUCCAUGUCUGAGGUCCCAGGCAUGGAGGAACGAAGGCCAGGCCAGGGCGCCAGGGAUUCGCAGUCUCGUUCAAAGGAGAAGGUCGUGAAAGAAAAAGAUGAAGAUUUGGGAGAUGCAGAGGGUGUCAUCUUGACCCGUGAGACCUCGCAGGCCUCCUUGAUCAACAUGAUCUUUGAGGCAUAUGCCUCGGGAAACUACCGCGGCCAGCGGACCUUCCUGCGCUUUUCGGAUCUCAAAGAGUUUGCGGAGGACAUGAAGGAACUGAUGCCUGACGUCCACAAGACCUUUCAUCAUUUUACAGGACUCUUGGAGUUUUACUACGACGACACGCAGCAGCUGCAGAGUGAUAUGGGUGAUCACGGUGCCAAAGGUUUGACCCUUCGAUAUUUUCAGGUCUUUGUGCAAAAGGUCCUGCGAAGGCUGGGCCCGCAGAUCGUUGGAGUUCUCUUCGCUCUCAUUGACCAACGUCCCAUAAUGCGGCAAGCAUGCCGACGCCAACAGGUGCGUCCGCAUUGUGCAGUGCUGCAGACGAUCGGUGUCGCUUGCGCUGACGACAAAGUGGAUGGUGAAGCGCAGGUGGUCUACAAUGCAUUCGUGACAUUUGUGAUUUUUGAAGAGCUGGAUCGGGAGUACCUGCUUUCCCAGGCAGCUGCUCAAGAUUUGCAAGAGCUCUUUGGUUUGCUCCGCUGCAGUCACUACAAGACCAAACCAUCAGACCUCAGAUGCUUUGUGGACACGCCCAACAUCCGUUGGUUUGUGCUGCGACAUGGCAGCCACUACUUGGGUUUAGGCAUCGCAGGAAUUGAGGACGCCGUUCCAGAUCGGAUUGCAGAGGCGGUAUACCUGCGACAGCAGAAGCUUCCCCCCCAGCUGGUGGCACAAACUCUCUCCUCCGAGGCAGGUUUUCGAGAAGCGACGGGGUAUCGCUUUGCCCGGGUCAUGCGGCUGUGUGUUCAUCCUGCCGUGCAGAAGAAAGGCCUGGGUUCCCUUCUGCUCCGUAAGAUCUUGGAGAGCCUGCGUAAGGAAGAGGUCGACGCAGUUGGCGCAUGUUUUGGCCUGAAGCCAUGGUUGUUAAAGUUCUGGCGAGAUGCCAACACCAGGCUGGUGUGGAUUGCUCAUGGCAGUGAACCCAGCAGCGGUCAUCACAGUGCAACUGUGCUGGAACCCCUCAGCUGCCGCUGUCGCAGUUUGGUGGAUCAACUUCAGGCACGUUUGGCGUUGCAGUUGCCAGAGCUUUUACUGGGUCCAUUGAAGCAGUUGGAUUUGGAAACGAUUGGCGGGGUGGUGAGCGCCCUCCCAAGCCCUGCAGAGCAGGUUUCGUUUCAGGAGCAGGACCAGGCGGACGUCUUCAGCUUCGCCCACGGAGCGCGGAACUUGUCCUGUUGCCGCUAUGCUUUGGCAAGGGCGGUUCUGCGGGCCGUGGGCUCUGCCAGUGUUGCGAGGUUGGAAGGGCGCUUUCAAGCUGCGCUGUUGGACAUGCUUCAGGGCCGCGAGCCCAAUGAGUCCAUCUUGCGCCAGGCCGUCAGAAAGUUGCUUCCAAUGUCAGAGGCCACCCUGAAACUCCCACGGUUUUGGCUCGAAAUUUGCCCCGGUGGUCAUCUGGCGCCCAACGUCAAAAAGGAUUCCUUUUUAGAUUCUCGGCAUCAAAAGAUCGAACAGAUUGAGAAGGAUGAGAAGGAUCUCCCUACUUGGCCCAAUUUCAGGAGCUGUCGCAGCUGUCGCAGCUUGCGCGCGGGUGAAGGAGUGACGGCAUGGGAUUUGGAGCUCCCCAGGGUAGAAGGUGUGAGGAUCAUUGAAGUUGUACGUUCCAAGUCUCCUUUUGCGUUCCUGGGCUCAUGGCUCAUUUGGGAGAUGUGCUGGUGGCCAUCGCCCGCAAUGUUGACUGCGGCGGUUCAGGGCGAUGGCGACCAUGGCGACCGGCGCCUGCCCCGCGACUCGCCCUUCGUGGGUGCCUUGCGCCACGCACCGCAGGGAGAGAUCCUCCAGAGCCAAUUAGAUCGGCUCCUCCGGCGGCGAGCACCGGAAGCACCGCCUCCGGGAGGCUCCCGGAGCCGAGGAGUCUUUUCGGAGGAGCAUGUCGACCUUUCUCGGGAGAGUUCCAAAAAGCUUCCUUCCUCGUCUCCGUACGUGGGCUUCCAACGCCAUGCUCCGCCCUCGCCUUUGCUGUCCUUUGUGGACAGCCGACUCUCCUGUGGAAUCCUUGAACCUGGCGAUGUUUUGGAAGGUUUGCCAGAGCUGGACCUUGAGGACACCUUGCCCGGCGAAUUGCCAGAGGAGGUGUGGCAUGAAGUGAUGCGCCUGGUUCUGGACAUUCCUGAUUUGGCGAACUUCGCGCGAGUCUCUAUGGGCUUCCAGAAGAUGGUGCACUCCGAAGAUGCCUGGCGUGGACGCGUGGUGCGAGUUCCACCGAGUUGUUUGGAGCAUUUUGCUCCUCAUUUGGAGCCUUGGUUAUGCGCUUGGAGUUGUGCCAAAAAACUGGUGCUGCCGCGUUCCGCGCAGCUCUUGAGCCAGGUCGCUCAACGAGCUCCAGAUCUUCCUGUUGAGGUGAGCUGGCGAUUUGACCAUCACCUAAAAGGUGAUGGGGUGCAGGUGCUGAAACACGGCUGCACAGUGCGGCGCGUGGCCGAAGAGGAGUUGGUUGUCCUCGGCGAUGCAGCCCUGCCUUCCGAGCAGGGCCGUUGUCCGUAUUUAGAAGUACACAUCGAUGAGUGUGGUGAGGGCAUCGGGGAUCAGAUCAACGACUUUGGCUUUGGGGUCACAGCCUGUGAUCCUGAGGAGAUUUCCGAACUUGGCUCAGUGGCGGAUGAGGUUCCCCGGUCCUGGGUGGUGGAUUUCACUCAAUCGAUGGUCUGUCUUAGUGUCAACAACCGGGAGGCAUCGCAGGGUAAACGCUUGUCGGCGGCGGCUUUGAAAGAGGGCUGCCGAGUUGGCUUGCUCGUGAAACCCACGACCUUCGAGAUCUACAUCGAUGGUACCCUGCGAGACACCUUGCCUGUGCGCGUGGAGGACCGCGUGCCCAGCAACACAGGCUUGUACCCGGUCUUGGACUUGUACGGACGGACCAUCGAAAUCUCAAAGACAGAGGCUGAGGAGCCCUUCUCUCGCCUUGCUUAG